CAGCAGCAGCAGCAGCAGCAGGACGCUUCACGCGUCGUAAAUGUGCCCCCGUGCGCGUCCAUGUGCUGCACCUCCUUCUGCUUCUCUGCCCGCUGCCCCUGCGUGCCCUGUAAGCCCGGAGCACACCACCACCCCGACUAGCACGCCGCCCGCACUCGCGCGCACUUUGUACCCGCGAACAUGGCCAAGAUCCUCAACAAGGACCCCGUCACGUACGAGAAGGAGAGGGAGAACUUCCUCAAGGACCUCCGACACUUCCACGAGACCCGAGGGACUCUCUUCAAGAAGUCACCGAAGAUAAAUGGGAAGGAUAUAGAUCUGUAUUUGCUGUAUGUGGUGGUGACCGCUCAUGGAGGAUGGAUUAAGGUGAGUGUCUUUAUUUAUAUUUUGUCAAACUGA